ACUGACAGAGACAUAGAGGCAAAGGCAGGGUGCACAGAGAGAGAGAGAGAGAGAGACAGACAGAGACAUAGGGAGAGGGGAGGGUGCAGAGAGAGUGUAAUAACGGAAAAGGAAAAAGGAAGUGACAGAGAGGCAGAAGAGGCUGGGGGUGCCUGUAGCCUGCGUGCUGCUUGGAAAGAUGCACCGAGUACAGUCCCCAGUUACAGGGUGGGAUGUCUGACAGUUUCUGGAUUAGACCAAUUGCUGGAGGGAUCUUCAUUCUGAUUAUCAGCGUCUGCUAUUCUAAUGACUUUGCCGACCUCUGUUCAUUCUGCUGCAUCAUACAAGGCAAGAUAGAAGAUCUGAAUUGCACGUGGAGAAGUGCACAGCGCACCGCCUCGCUACAGAGCCUCACCAAUCCUAAGGAUCCCCCUCGUCAUUUCACCCUGCAGCCCGGUCAGAAGUGGCUGCUGCUUCCCAGGGAGAACCUGACUUAUUCCCACCGGUAUCAUCUGAGAGUAUCAGGAGGAGACAAAGAGGAGGCCUUGAUCUUCACCUACAGUCAUGAUGGAGAGAAUGUGUUUAUUAGACCACCCGCCCUUAAUUCAUCUGUCUCGGAAGAUAUGACGGUGGAAGUGUUUUGGGAAAACCCAGCGGACUCUCCACACCCUCUGCUGGUGGAGCUGAGAUAUCGCAUACUGGGAGAUAGCAGUUGGACUCUGGCUAAUGAGAGUGACCUGGAAGUGAACGCAUAUUCGCUAGAUGACCCAGAGCCAUAUACCAAAUAUGAAUUCCAGAUCCGCUACCUGCCAGAUGAGCAGCAAAAAAACAGAGGCAGUCUGUGGAGUGAAAGUUACGUUCUCACCACUCCGGAAGACGUUCCUACUGGGACCCUGGACGUGUGGAGAAGUUUGGAGAAGUGGCCUCUCCUACUGAUAAUGUGGAAGCCUUUGAGCCCUCAGUCUGCUAGAGGUGAAAUCCUAAAUUACCACGUGGUGUUUAGUGGGACAGAGUCCAAAAUCACCGAAGCCCUAUGUUGUAGCAUGAUCAUGCCUGCCCAGACCACACAUGUGUGCGUCAGUGCCAGGAACUCAAAGGGUCUUGGAAACGGCACUUGUCUCACCCCGCUUUGUUCAGGGAUAUCUCUGUUUGGUGGUAGAGCCUGGGGAGACGCAUCAGGGAGAAUCAAUGUCUGGUGGGAAGAACCACUAUCCCCCAGACUCCCUUUGAGUUACCUGGUGGAGUGGAGAGAAGAUGGGAACAAACAGCUUAACUGGACCAGAAGCCAGACGGCCAACCAGACAUUAAUCCUUCCAGAUGUAUUCACCACAGGGGUUCUCUACCAUAUCUCUGUAUUUGCCCUAAAGGACGAUGAAUGUGUCGCUAAUUUGUCUACGGAGACCUACAGCCUAGAGGGUGUCCCUUCUGCUAGCCCCAACUUCUUCAUCCACGUUCUUACGUCUACAGAAGCUGUCAUCUCAUGGGAUGAGAUACCAGUGCAGCACCGGAGAGGAAACCUGAAACAUUAUUCCAUCUACGUCAAUAGCACGGACCGUUAUCAACACCACAAAGUAUACAGCGGGAAUGAGACCCUCUCAGGACUGUCACCAGGGACAGUAUAUACCGUCUGGAUGACUGCAACCACUACAGCAGGGGAAGGACCACCGAGCACGGGGAAGACAUUCCAGACCACAGGAUCCCGGAACCACAUAUUGGCCAUAGUGUCUUUCAGCAUCUUUCUCCUCAUCUUGAUGGGAAUCCCAAACGCCCUGAAAACUUUGCUCAAUGUCUGUUGGCCAAAAAUCCCCAAACCUGAGGAUAAGCUUAAGGGACUGUGGAUGUCAGCCGGCAGUAAAGUGUGGGAACACCAGCAGGACCCCCCCAACUAUAACAUCACAGUAGUUGAAGAGAUUGAGCAACCACCACCGCCGCCACCCUCUCCUCCUCAGCCGCCGCCCCAUGUAACGUCAUUACUGUUACCCGACAAGCACCCCGCCAUUACUUCUGGUUAUGAAAAACACUUCCUGCCAACACUAGAAGAGGUGAUGGGAUUAUGCUGACAGCCAUUAUGGAGGAAAUCGCUACUACAGGCAGACAAGAUCCACAGCUGGUAACAGACACACAACAUAAGGGAAGCCAUAGCCGCAUCCACCCUCCACACUUAAAUACAAUAUGGCUGCAAUGUGUCACAGGCCAGGUGAAUGCUGCAGGGAUUGGUUUCAACACAAGGGGGUGCACUGCUCAUGGAACAUGAACACAGGGACAUGGACGUGCGGACUGGAUUUUUCAGACUGGCUCAUUUUAGCCAAGCUCAACCUGUUCUGCGAGAUCUUCUGUUUACAACAUAGAUAUACGGUUUCUCCUAUUACCAGGCGCUACAUCAUGGACUUUACUGUGACAGACUUGCCUGGGUCUCCCUUCCCUCACACCCUUCCCUCACCCACCCACUGUACAUACUCAUGUGCCCACUUUUUCAAGUCUUACUCACUUGGAGAGCAACAUUUUAUAUUGUUUAU